AUGAAGGACAGGCUUGCUAAUGCAAAAGAUGCGGUCCACAUUAAAGUACUUGAAGCACAGUUGGAGAAAGAAGAAAAGAAGAAAGAAAAGUUCGAGAAAACUAAACAAGACUUUCUCGCACAACUGGCUAAAUACGCUGCCCAAAGUGGACAACCAGCUACAAUAUUUGAAGAAGGCAAGUGGUUUCAUUACAUCCAGAUGGACUGA